AUGUACUUAUUGGAUGAAAUAGAAGAAGGCCUUUAUCUAGGAAGUAAAGAGCAAGCAUCUCAAUUAAAUCUCCUAUUCCAAUACAAAAUAACGCAUAUCCUAAUAGCUGGGACAGGUUCCGGUCUUGAGCCUUACUUCCCUACACGAUUUGUUUACUCCUAGUAUUUUAUAUUAUUUUAGCACUGGCUUCGCCAGUGCCCAUAUUUUUGUUUUAAUUUAUAAAUAGGUCUUAUUAUUGUUUUAUAUAUAUUGCAUAAAUAGGAUAUAAGCAAUUUCCAAUUCUGGACUCUCCAUCAUUUGAUAUCUUGAAGUACUUCGAUGAAGCGGCUGAAUUCAUUGAAGAUGCUAUCAAUAGCGGAGGAAGGGUCAUGGUACACUGCCUAUUAGGAGUUUCUAGAAGUACAUCAUUAGUUAUAGCUUACAUAAUGAAACAAAGACGCUGGAGUCUCAGAAAAGCAAAGCUUUUUGUGCAAUACCUUCACCCAGAUGCCAGGCCAAACAAAGGCUUUUUAAGGCAACUUGAAAUUUACAGCCGAAUCCUUGCAAUUAGGGAACCAACAAAUGCGCCAAACGACAAUGUGUCGUGCAGUUGUACAUUAUUUUAA